AUGGUAACGGAGACGUUCACAAUCAAGACUCUUUGCUAUCUCAUUCGUUGUCGUUUUACCCCUGAAGCUGUCCGAACCGCUGUGUACCCCUAUUCGACCACGAUCGUUCGAUACGACUUAGUUGGGAUGGAAGCAACCAUAGUCUCCGCUCCUCAGAGUGUUAAACUGAGAUCGGAUGCCGAUUGGCUCCGAUGGAUUCGUUAUAUCCAAGAACAGGCCGAAACCGAUGGUAUAUGGGACCUCCUAGACCCCGAAGCCGACGAUGAAGAACGGCCUGAACCGAUUGUACGGCCUGAACGACCAGAUUGGGGAAAUCUGACGAAGGCGGAACGUACAGAGGCUAUUGAAAUAUACAAGAUGGAAUUCCCUGAAUGGGAACGGCAGAGUAAAGCACUAGCUGCUAUCCGACGUAUGAUUAUGCAGUCAGUCGAUGCCACUGUGGCUGAACGACUAUAUAGUGUUAGCACUCUGUAUGAGCGACUGAGGUUUCUCAGAGAUCGAUUCUCGAAUGCAAACACAACAAACGAGACAUAUCGUGAGCGAUGGUCUAGAUACUCUCAAGUGCCACCAGCUAAGGGUGAGGAUAUUCGAGCAUGGGCACGCCGAUGGGAGCAAAUGAGAGAUCGCAUGCUAGCAGCAGGCCGCAGUCCGGAAGCCAAUGAGGACUUCCUAGUGGCAGUAAGGCAUCUCGUACCGAAUUGGCAUACUGGCCAAUAUCAAUUGGUUGUUCAUGAGAAGAAGAAGCUGGAUAAUGGUCAAUUGGUGUCUCAAUUCCUUGACCACUAUCGUAUGCACUAUGGCAAUGCAUUGGCACCAUCACCACCGAUAGUCCCAGCUACACUUAGUGCUGCUCUAAGUAUUCAGGUCUCACAAAGUAGACCAAAUAAUGCCUUCUCCACACUCCAUGACCAUGAGGAGGCCACGCCUAGUGCCGCUGCCAGUGCACCGAACCGGAAGAAGCGAACGUUGAAAGACAUUCCUCUUGCAGAACGAUAUUGUAUGUGUAUGGAUCGAUCUCAUAAACCAUGGGAAUGCGCCUAUGUGAACCCGAAGCUUCGUACUGCGGGCUGGCAACCACCGGAUCAGGAUAAAAUGGCACGUCCAAAACGGCUGGAAAUGGCAAUGGACUAA